AUAAUAUUUAACGGGCAGAAUUACGCUUACGACGCUUGCGUCCGUGGCCACCGGGUCAGGACCUGCGAGCAUUAUGGACGUCCUUUGAAACUUAUUAGCAAGAAGGGUCGGCCUAUAUCGCAAUGCCAGCACUGCCGUAGUCUACGGAAGUCGCGCUCCGCUCACGUCAAG